UUUUUUUUACAAAAGAAAAAUGUUAAAUUUUUUUUUACAUAGUUUUAACAUCUCUUUGUUUGCUUGACAGGAAUCCUUUGUCAGCAUCAAAUGCCUUUCCUUCUGUCCUUGGUACUGGCUUUAUUUUGAAGAAUGGAGAUAGGUAAUGAAGUUUUAGUGAAUCAAUACCUGAUUUGCAUACCAUCAUCAAGUCCAUCAAAAGCAAGAUAUUGGGUAAUAACUUAUCCUUUGAGCUAUCUCAUUUUUAAUAUCUCCCCCCACCCCUUCAAAAGCACAUGAAAAAAAGGGUUUGUCUUCAUCAAUCAAGCUUCUCUAGAGUUGCUUUGAUGAGUUGCUGAAACAUUAUUGGACAGCGAAGUGGUUUAAUUGGAAAAAGAAAAAAGGGUUGCUUGAAGAAGCAGCACUGAAUCCAACUAAUCAAAAAAUCAGUUGUUCUUUGAAUACUUUGUUGGCACCAAGAAUUGGAGUGCACCAACAGGAGCAAUUGUUCAAUUAUAAGGACCAUUUGAUCUCUGAUUGCUGUGGCAGCAUUGCAGGUUCAAUGUUCAAUGAAGACGAUGUCGAAGAUUGUAACUAUAGUUGGAGGUGCCAUGGGAGCAGUUGCAUUUCUGGCUAUGGUAAUUGGAUUCAUUUGGUUCUGCAAAUCACAGAAUAAGAACUUCUCAAAUAGGACUUCGGAUACAGGUUCCUCAGAUCCUUCUGCAAGAGCUGGAUUUUCUUCACUUGGAACUCAGGGAGGAAGGUUCACAAUUGAAGAGUUGCAGCAAGCUACCAAGCAAUUCAAUGAAAGUAGUCUCAUUGGACAUGGGAGUUUUGGUUCAGUCUAUAAAGGUUUGCUUCGUGACACCGUUGUAGCCAUUAAAAGACGUCAAGCUGCUCCUCGCCAGGAGUUUGUUGCAGAGGUAAUUUAUCUGUCAGAGAUUCAUCACCGCAAUGUAGUUACUCUUCUAGGUUACUGUCAAGAAAAUGGAUCACAAAUGUUGGUCUAUGAAUAUAUACCAAAUGGCAGCAUGUGCAAUCACCUAUAUGAUUCUAGAAUGGAGUCAUCAACUAGAAUAGAGUUCAAGCAGAGACUAUCCAUAGCUCUGGGGGCAGCUAAAGGUUUAUGUCAUUUGCAUGGCCUGAAACCUCCAUUAGUUCACAGGAAUUUCAAAACAGCCAAUGUCAUGGUUGAUGAGAACUUCAUAGCUAAGGUUGCCGAUGCUGGGAUUUCGAAUCUAGUUCAAAGAAUGGAGGAAGCAGGUCCAUCUCGCACGUCUAGUGUCACUGUUUUUCAAGAUCCAGAGGUAGAAGCAUCAGGGACCUUCACUGAAAUGAGUGAUGUUUACAGCUUUGGGGUAUUUCUUUUGGAGCUCAUAACUGGACAGGAGGCUGUGCAUAUUAAUUCAUUGGGUUCCAAUGAAAGUCUAAUACAAUGGGUCCGAUCACGAUUGAGUUCCAACAACUUUGUCGACCAUCGACUAGCAGGAAGCUUCACCAUGGAAGGAAUCAGGGAUUUGAUCAGGCUGACAUUAAAAUGCAUGACAUUUCCAGGAAAAAACAGGCCAAAAAUGGAGAAAGUUGUGCAUGAGCUGGAACAGAUUCAUGAGAAAGAGAUGGCACUAACAACAGUGAUGGGUGAAGGUACUGCUACUAUUACUCUUGGCAGUGAGCUGUUUGCUUCAAAAUAAAGGAUUCCUUCAUACAUUUCAGCUAAAGUUAAGCUUUUUUUUUUUUUUUUGGCUUUUUUGGGUGCCCAAAUGGGUGGUUUGGUGUUUAAUUAUUGGGAACCAUGGAAUUUUGUUCAAUAUUGAUUGUAAAU